UUUCUGUACCACUGCAAGUGAAAGUCAUGAUUACACUAACGGAGCUGAAAUGUUUAGCAGACGCCCAGUCGUCUUAUCACAUCCUAAAGCCGUGGUGGGACGUCUUCUGGUAUUACAUCACCCUGAUCAUGCUGCUGGUGGCCGUGCUGGCCGGAGCACUGCAGCUCACACAGAGCAGGGUUUUGUGCUGUCUUCCGUGUAAAGUGGAAUUCGACAAUCACUGCACCGUGCCUUGGGACCUCCUGAAAGCCAGCAUGAACAUGUCCUCGGACCGGAGGGCCCCGCUUCCCCUCCCGCUGAGAAUCCAGAAUGACCUCCACCGGCAGCAGUACUCCUACAUCGAUGCCGUCUGCUACGAGAAGGAGCUCCACUGGUUCGCCAAGUUCUUCCCUUACCUGGUGCUCCUGCACACGCUCAUCUUCGCGGCCUGCAGCAACUUUUGGCUCCACUACCCCAAUACCAGUUCGAGGCUUGAGCAUUUUGUGGCCAUUCUUCACAAGUGCUUUGAUUCUCCGUGGACCACCCGGGCCCUCUCGGAAACCGUGGCCGAGCAGUCCGUGAGGCCCCUGAUCCUCUCCAAGUCCAAGGUGUUGCUCUCCUCCUCAGGGUGUUCGUCUGACAUCGAUUCCAACAAGCAGUCCCUGCCCUACUCGCAGGCAGGCUUGGACUCAGCGGGCAUAGAGAGCCCGACCUCCAGCGUGCUGGACAAGAAGGAGGGGGAGCAGGCCAAAGCCAUCUUUGAGAAAGUGAAAAGGUUCCGCAUGCACGUGGAGCAGAAGGACAUCAUUUACAGAGUGUAUCUGAAGCAGAUCAUAGUCAAGGUCAUUCUGUUUGCCCUCAUCAUAACGUAUGUUCCCUACUUUUUAUCCUACAUUACUCUUGAAAUCGACUGUUCCAUUGAUGUACAGGCUUUCACCGGCUAUAAACGCUACCAGUGCGUCUACUCAUUGGCAGAAAUAUUUAAAGUCCUAGCUUCCUUUUAUGUCAUUCUGGUGAUACUGUACGGGCUCACCUCCUCCUACAGCCUCUGGUGGAUGCUGAGGAGCUCCCUGAAGCAAUACUCCUUUGAGGCAUUACGAGAGAAAAGCAAUUACAGUGAUAUCCCGGACGUCAAGAAUGACUUCGCCUUCAUCCUGCAUUUGGCUGAUCAGUACGACCCCCUCUAUUCUAAGCGCUUCUCCAUCUUCCUGUCGGAGGUCAGUGAGAACAAACUGAAACAGAUCAACCUCAACAACGAGUGGACAGUGGAGAAACUUAAAAGUAAGCUGGUGAAAACUUCCCAGGACAAGGUCGAACUGCGUCUCUUCAUGCUCAGUGGUCUGCCAGACAACGUCUUCGAGCUCACCGAAAUUGAAGUGCUAAGCCUGGAGCUCAUCCCAGAGGUCAAGCUGCCCUCCGCCGUCUCUCAGCUGGUCAACCUCAAGGAGCUGCACGUGUACCAUUCCUCCCUGCUGGUAGAGCACGCUGCGCUGGCCUUUCUGGAGGAGAAUUUAAAAAUCCUACGUUUGAAAUUUACCGAGAUGGGGAAGAUCCCACGUUGGGUGUUUCACCUGAAGAAUCUCAAGGAACUCUAUCUGUCCGGCUGCGUCCUGCCCGAGCACGUGAGCACCAUGCAGCUGGAGGGCUUUCAGGACUUAAAGAACCUGAGGACUCUCUAUUUGAAGAGCAGCCUCUCCCGGAUCCCACAAGUCGUGACAGACCUCCUGCCUUCCCUGCAGAAGCUGUCCCUGGAUAAUGAGGGAAGCAAGCUGGUGGUGUUGAACAACUUGAAAAAGAUGGUCAAUCUGAAAAGCCUGGAGCUGAUCAGCUGCGACCUGGAACGCAUUCCGCACUCCAUCUUCAGUCUGAACAACUUGCAUGAGUUAGACCUCAAAGAAAAUAACCUGAAAACGGUGGAGGAGAUCAUUAGCUUCCAGCAUCUCCAGAAUCUGUCCUGCUUAAAGUUGUGGCACAAUAACAUUGCUUAUAUUCCUGCCCAGAUUGGGGCAUUGGCUAACUUAGAGCAACUCUUUCUGGACCACAAUAAUAUUGAGAAUCUGCCCCUGCAGCUGUUCCUAUGCACCAAACUCUCCUAUUUGGAUCUAAGCUAUAAUCACCUGACUUUCAUUCCAGAAGAAAUCCAGUAUCUGAGUAAUUUGCAGUACUUUGCUGUGACCAACAACAAUAUUGAGAUGCUUCCAGAUGGGCUGUUUCAGUGCAAAAAGCUGCAGUGUUUACUGUUGGGGAAAAAUAGCCUCAUGGAUUUGUCCCCUCAGGUGGGGGAGCUGUCAAACCUCACUCACCUGGAGCUCAUUGGGAAUUACCUGGAAACGCUUCCUCCCGAGCUGGAAGGCUGUCAGGCCCUGAAGAGGAGCUGUUUGCUCGUGGAGGAGAAUUUGCUGAACACGCUCCCUCUCCCUGUAACAGAGCGCUUGCAGACAUGCCUGGAUAAAUGUUGACCCAGAGAGAGGAGACCGCACGCCACAGUCAUGGGUUGCAGUUGACUUCCUGAGGGCUUACAGGAGAAGGAGAAGUAGCCAAUGGCGAAAAGUGGGCAAUGAUUAGGACGACCCAUCACCAACUAUCUCAUCAAAGCAACUCGGGGUCUAGCCCUAGUGAGAGCGGUAAAAAGUGUUAGCACUAUGCUGAAGUUUUGUGAGUUUUCAUCUUCGACUCACGGAGGCACUGCGAGAAGGAAGGUCGGGGUAAAGGGGGGACAGGAAGUGAUUGAACCCCGUUGGAGGUCGUUUCAGGGUUCUUUUCCUCUCGCGACCCUCGUGCAUUACUUCUGUUCACCCUGUGUUAACAGACUUCCUAUUGUUAUAUUCAUGGCCAUCGAUGUCCAUGUCUGUGAUGUAUGCUUACCACGACCUUUGACUUCCAUCCGUACUUGUUCGGUGUGGGGCUUUCGUUCGUUUUUAGGAGGCAGAGUGCAGCGUGUUUGGCAGACCUCCUUUGGGGCCUAACUUUUACUUCCUUUCCCAGCUUGCUCGUCGUCUCCUUAGUCGGUUUCUCUUCACGGUAACGAUGCACCCUGAGAAGAUUCCUGCCUUGAGCAAGCGCAGGGCCCUUAGGAGACGUCCCCCUCAAGGGCAUCCUGAAAGUCAUGUACUUUCUUAAGUUGUUCUUCUCGUCUCUCAUGAAAGUCUGUUUCAUUGGCUCUGAAUUUGUAUAUUAAAUGUAAAGCAUUAAAUAUUUUCUCUUGUGUGAUCUUGGGUUCAACAUGUGUGAGGAUAAUUUUUGUGAGGUACAGAGAACAUAUGCCUUUCUUUAAGAACUUACUCAUUCGUGUACUUGGUGUUAGCUGCUUAUGAUUUUCAUAUUGAUGUGCAUUCAGCUCCAAAAUAUUUUUCAACUCUGCAACUAAUUGCAUCGAGUUAACAAGAGCCUUGUGUUCCGUGCACAAAAAUCUGUCGAGGGGGUUUCCUCGUGAGAAGAUGGCCCCUGCAUCUACCUCUCUCUUACGGGUACAAGUCUUAGUUACUCACACAAACUGUGAUGGAAGGGAGAGGGACGGAUUUGGAUUUUUAAAAUUGAUUUUAAAACACUUUGUAGAAAUAUCAAAGCAAAAGCAAAAAAAAACCCAACCUUUCUCCUCCAUCUGCAUGAUCUCCAGAUAUGAUUAUAAUGUAAAACAUUCAGCCUCUAUUUAGCGAUUAAGAUGAGUUCACCAAUCUCACAAAGAAUCAGAUCCAUUUAACACUGAAAUUCAUCUCAUGCCUCUGUCUAACUCUUCUGGAAUACAUUUUGUUCCUUUUUAAACAAAGAGCAUUGUACGUUGGCCUUUUAUUAUCAUGCAUAUUGUAAAAUGAAUAAAAUCUACCAACGCAUUUUGGGGA